AUGCAGAACCUGGGAAUUUUGGGCAUCAUGCGCCUGUUUUCUGGGCUCUGGGGAGGGUUGGUUUUAAUUCUGCUGCUUCCACAGCAUGGCGUUGUGCGAGGAUCUGGUUUUCAGGACGAUCGUACCGGUUACGCUGCACGAGGAGAGCACAUACACCAGCAAAGACUACAGUCAGUCUCUUACAACAAGUCGACGAGUGAGAAAGAUUUGAAAGAGACAUCAAUUAUGGGUUGGGGCGGAGAUUUGACUCUGGUAAACGGUUCGCCGUUCAGGUGGAUCUUGAAUAGCCAACACUCAUAUCAAAUGGACACAUGGAUAUGGCCAACAAUCAACGCUGGUAUGAACAAUUCUGACCUAGAAACGACACCGCCGCUGACUGAACAAGGCCAAGCAUCCAGAGUCUAUGUGGAAUUCGGGACCAGAGGAAGCACCCGUGACGAUGCGGGUGAGGCCUACUACAGUAUCGAUGAAACAUCGGACAAGUUCACAGUAUUGAGUCGAAAGCCUUCAGACUAUAAGCUCACCAUAUCUUUGGACGAUAUGUCGACGAAGCAGAGUUCGCAAGGAGCAAAGAUCGAUCUGGGCUUUCGGCACAACGCUGCAGUCAACUGGAUCAUGUCUGUGGAUGAAGCAGGUAAUUGGUGGUCGAAUAGCGGUACGUAUUCGGAUUGGAUGCAGCAGAGCCUGGGCUCGUUGGCGAACAGAACCUUGAAGCACAUAUGCAUGCCGGGCUCUCACGAUGCAGGCAUGGGUACCUUCAAACCUGGUACCAUCGGUGCGCACUUUGCGAACACCCAGACACAAUACCUAGAUUUCUAUCAACAACUAAUGGCCGGAUCGCGGUAUUUUGACCUUCGUCCAGUGCUCUCUCGAGGGGAAUGGGUAGCCGGUCACUAUGGCCAAGUGGGCGACAUCUGGCUUGGUGGUAAUGGACAGACGCUUGAAGAGAUCAUACGUCAGAUCAACGACUUCACAGCAGAUUACCAAGAGCUCGUCAUCAUAAAUUUAAGCCACACACUCGACACAGACAACAAGUACAAAGACCUUACCCAAACGCAAUGGAAUGAUCUCUUCACCACACUAAAGAGCAUCAACGACCGCUAUAUUCUCAAAAACUCAGGAACCACUGAUCUCUCUGAUAAACGCCUUGGGGAAUUCAUCACCGACCGUGCUUCAGUCCUCGUGGUCGCCCAGAUACCUGAAGGUAUAACACUGGGCGACUUUGCAAGCCAGGGUUUUUACUCCGGUCGUAAUUUUCCGUUCUACGACGAAUACAGCAAUAGCAACAACCUUGCCAACAUGAAGAGCGAUCAGUUAGCCAAACUAAAGCAGAAUCGAAACAUCGUAGGCGAAGAACAUGAGAAGAAGGAUGCUUUCCACAUCUUCUCCUGGACGCUGACGCAACAACCUGAAGACGUCCUAAAUUUUGACAAAGCCAUCAUGAAUAUGGCCGCGUCAGCCUUCGAUGAUCUAAUAAGCGAAGCCUGGAACGCUUUUACGCCGCAAAGCUUCCCAAACGUAUUGUUCGUAGAUAGUCUUGGAGUCAGAGACAAGAGUGUGGUUUUCCCGUUUGACAGACCAAAGCAGGGGUUACAGCCCAACUCUGAUAUUGCUGCAUUUGCUGUUGCAGUAAACAACGGGAUCGCAGGGAAGAACGGGAUUGUCACUGGGAGACAACUGAAAAGGGGGGCGUAA